UAAAAGAAUGUAAAAGCUAACAACUGCAAUGCUGACCAUUACUGCAAAAAAAUUCUCGGAUAAGCAUGAUAUAAAAAUGAGUGUUUGAGGACGUUAUUGUUAAAUAAGUUUAAAUUUUAGCUUCAGUUUUAAAAGUUAUGUUUUUUCCAUUUUUUUUCCAGGCCAAUGUGAAUAUGUCAAGGCUAUCUACUCGUUUGAAAUAUAAUUGGCUGACGUUCGGUAACAUAAAACUGACAAUAUCUUUCAAGAAAUUUCGACUGACCAGUAUCUCCUAUGAACCUAAAAUGAAGCUGUCCGAUUUCUACAGCAACGUCGGUGGAUACCUGGGUAUCUGGAUAGGAGUCUCGCUCAUCUCCAUUAUGGACCUACUACGUAGGAUUGUCUCCCUCCUCGUCCUCUGUGUCAGGAAGAGGAAAAAGAGCAAGAAGAUAUUCCUUCGUGUUCCGAGAAGAAUGUCUGAGUUUUGAGAAUCGUGCAAUAACAAAAAAACCUUUCGUGUAUCUUUCAACCGAUGCAAAAUUAUGUAACCAAAUAUGCAAC